UUAUCUUUCAGAUCUCGAGGUUUUGGAUUUGUCACCUAUGCGCAUUCCGAGAUGGUUGACGAGGCAAUGUCACACAGGCCUCAUAAAAUUGAUGGUCGUGAGGUGGAAACAAAGAGGGCUAUACCGAAAGAUGAGAUAGAGAACAUUCCUCAGCAAGCGAUGGACGUGAAGAAACUAUUUGUUGGUGGCCUCAAACACUUAGAGGAUAGUGACCUUCAGGAGCACUUUACUCAGUUUGGAAAUGUUGUCUCUUGUGAUAUAAUUGUCAAUAGAGACACUGGUGUCAAGCGAGGAUUUGCUUUCAUAGAAUUUGAUGAUACCGAUGCAGUGGACAAAGUCAUUUGUAAGUUUUAUUGUUUGUUUGUCAUUUAGUUGUUGUUACUGCUU